AUGGGCCUCUUUAAUUCUGCUCCACGAGUAUUUCUCGCUGCCACGGCUCUUCGACUGGCACUUCUGGUCUAUGGAGGCUGGCAGGAUGCACACUCCGCCUUGAAAUACACCGAUAUCGAUUACAUGGUAUUUACUGAUGCAGCGCGAUACGUUGCCGACGGAAAGUCACCCUAUGCGCGUGAUACAUAUCGCUAUACGCCACUUCUGGCGUGGAUGUUGGUCCCCACAGCAUGGGAAGGUCCCACGCCGUGGUCAACGCUCACUUUCGCUUUUGGAAAGGCACUUUUUGCACUAUCCGACAUCUUGGCCGGAUGGCUUAUUGUGCAACUUUUGACACGUUUCUACCGCUUUCCAAUGGAGCGGGCGCUACGCUAUGUUGCCACUGUCUGGCUUUGGAAUCCCAUGGUGGCUAACAUUAGUACACGCGGCAGCUCGGAAGGACUGCUUGGUGUGCUUGUUACAGCCUUGCUGUGGGCGACAUUGACGAAAAAACCAAUUCUUGCCGGUUUCAUACUGGGUCUUGCUGUGCACUUCAAGAUCUAUCCGUUCAUCUAUGGCGUAUCUAUCCUUUGGUGGUGGGAUGCGGAGCGCGAUGGGUCUUCUUCGACUGGAUCUGGGUUACUGUCUAAGGCUUUGAGACUUUUGACUCCAUCCCGGGUGAAAUUCGUUGCAGCUGCACUCGUUAGCUUCGCGGCCUUGAACACUGUCAUGUAUCUCCAGUACGGCCAGUCAUUUCUUCAGCAUACCUUCCUUCACCAUCUCACUCGGAUCGACCACCGCCACAACUUCUCCCCGUACAGCAGCCUGUUAUAUCUGACCGCUGCUGGCGGGGCUGAGACUCAUUUCGAGGCGCUGGCCUUCAUCCCUCAAAUCGUCCUGGUGGUUAUCGCUCUUCCGCUUAUUCUGGCGAAAAAGAGCUUGACAACCACGAUGCUGGCACAGACCUUUGCUUUUGUAACAUUCAAUAAAGUGUGCACAAGUCAGUACUUUCUGUGGUACCUCGUACUCCUUCCAUUCUAUCUCCCAUCUUCUUCUCUUAUUAGAAAGCCAACGCUAGGAGUUUCCGCAGCGAUCCUCUGGGUUCUUGGUCAGGCGCUGUGGUUGCACCAAGGUUACAACCUCGAGUUCUUAGGCCUGCCGUCAUUCGUUCCUGGCUUGUAUCUUGCUGGUUUGCUCUUCUUCUGCGUUAACGUGUGGAUCCUGGGCAUCAUUGUGCAGGAUGGAGGCGAAGCAGCCGAUGAAACAGAGGAGAUGACCGAGAAGUACAAGGCCCGUUAG